CAGCGGCUCCCGGCAUGCCCCGCUCAGAGAGCGAGAGACUCAUCCGUCAUCUCCCGGCGUGCAUCGCGCUCGGCUCAGUCAGUGACAGGGUCCCAGUGCCGGCGCCGCCGCGAUGCCGAUGAAAGGCCCGUUCCCGAUCCGCAGGACGCUGCAGUUCAUACAGAGCGGAGAGAUCGUCUUCAAGAACAAUGUCAAGAUCAUGACGGUCAACUACAACACCCAGGGGGAGCACGGGGACGGUGCCAGGAAGUUUGUCUUUUUUCACAUUCCUCAAAUUCAGUAUAAGAAUCCCUGGGUGCAGAUUAUGAUGUUCAAGAACAUGACUCCGUCACCUUUCCUGAGAUUCUACUUAGACAGCGGCGAGCAGGUUCUGGUUGAUAUCGAGGAUAAGACCCGGACGGAAAUUGUGCAGCACGUGAAAAAGAUCCUGGGAAAAAGCGAGGAAACCCUACGAUUAGAGGAACAGGCAAAAAUGGUGCUUUCCAACCCAGCCAACUUUGGUCCUAAAAAGUACUACCUGCGGGAGUGUAUGUGCGAGGUGGAGGGGCAGGUGCCCUGUCCAGGUCUGGUGCCACUGCCAAAGGAACUGACCGGGAAGUACAGAGCCAAGCAGAGAGCUGGGACAGAAGUGUGACCCUUGCUAUAGGCACCCUGGGGGCGGGUUACCGCUGCGCUUUAUUUAUUGUCAGAACUAAUCCACCGUUCCCACCCUCCACCAUUUAUUUUUUCUCUUUUUAAUGGUUUCUAAGGUCGUUUGAUUAUUUUUUUUCUAUAUAUAAUUAAAUGACAUCAGUUAUUUGAUGUCUAAAAUGUC